GAUAAGAGAUAAGAAUAAAAAUCUAGUGCUAUGGCAAAAACUAGUGCUUCAGUUUUUCUAGUUGUGCUUGUAGUAGCAUUAUUUCUUAAUGGCUAUAAUGCUGCUGAGAGUGUACAAGGAGGUUAUGAACCUGCGCCACCUAAAGCUGAUCAACCUCCACCACCUACAGCUGAUCAACCUCCACCAGCACCACCUAAAGCUGAUCAACCUCCACCAGCACCACCAUCUGGCCAAAAACCUUGCUUUUUCGGAAUAUGUCCGAUUUUCAACUGUGGAGCAUUUUGUUUUGGAAUAGGCUAUGCUACCGGCGAGUGUACUUUGGUUAUAAGGUGUUGUUGCUCUUGAAGAGUUUAAGAGAUCUGUGUUUGAUGAUUGUACAUUCUAUACAUGAUUGUACAAGCACAUCAACAAAGCGAGUCUUUAAGGUUCCUAUUAAAAUAAGUUGGAAAAACUCUAUUGUAAGUUCAAUUACGAUGUAAUUUCCAAUAUUUUGAAUUGAGAGUAAUAAAGCAAAAUCGGCUCACAAUUA